AGACGGUUGGCUUCCUCUCUUAUUUUCGGAAAUCGUGCGCAUACCUAAUUCUCUCUGUUAUUUUGUUUAUAUUAAAAAAACUAUUUAAAAUGUACAGAAAGUUUUAAAGUAAAUACGGAGGGAAUCGAAUUUAUUUAUGGAUAUAUAUAAAAUAAUCGUGCGCAUUUGGAUGGUAAUGUCUUAAACUGAAACUUAUCGAGCGAAAUUUUUGAAGAGAUAUCUGUACGGGUACGGAAAUACCAUCUAGUGUGUAAAGUUCAGAAAGGAUUACAAAUACUGUAAAUAUUUUGGAUAUUUUGGUCAAUAUGACGCAGUUGCUUAAUAUUAUACACUGCAAUAAUUUAAAUGGUCGUUUACGCUCGAUUUAUGAACAUUUAAAUACAGAUGUUUGUGGCAUUGACCGCGUUAAGCUUCUUUUUACUUUUCUAAGCAUAUUGCUAUUACUUUUUGGCUGUGCUUUCGUUUGGAAAAAGUAUGAAACGUGUAAUAAAACAUUACUAAUGUUUCACAAUUUACGUGCAGUUGUGUCACUGCUUAUGUUAGCUGGAAAUAGCCUGGAUCUAGCCAGGAGCUUACUGCCCCAACGCAGUGCCUGGCAGCUCAGUCGUCUGUUUGAGUUAAGGAAUAGGGAUACACAUUUUUUGAUUAUAAUAGGAACGGGAGAAACGUGGAAUGCGAUUGCUUCCACAAUAUUGACAAUUUUGCUUAUGUGUUAUUAUCGUGUUAUAGAGUGCAAGAAGACGACAGCAUAUUUUCAACCCUUAGUGUUUUUGUAUGCGAGCAUUACCGUGGAGGUAUUGACUCUCGCUCUGCGUUGCGAUGAAUUGACAGAGGUUGCUUACUAUGAGGAUUUACUAGAGCUUCAGACGUGCCUUGUUGGUAUGUCUGUUUUGUGUCUGCUGGUAUUGGCUUCGUUGGAUGGUUACACUAUUUAUAAUGAGCACUUUCGUGACAAUUACGUGGAUGAAAAUGGAAAAAUAGGAUAUAAACAUUCGCUUGCAACAUUUUAUUCAAAAUCGUGUUUCUGGUGGUUGACCCCUUUGCUGUGGUUGGGCCAUAAGAAACCACUGGAACUUGAGGAUUUGGGUGUAAUGAAAUUAGAGGAUACUGCUAGAUCGCACUACGAUCACUUUUUGUAUGUUUACACAGAUGAGAUGAAAAAGUCAAAUUCAUCUCCAUCCUUAUGGUAUUGCUAUGUAAAGAACAGUUGGCGCAUGUUUGCGUUGGGCGGCAUUUUAAAACUGGCGGGAGACUUAUUUGCGUUGGUUGGCCCACUUGCAAUACAGCAAAUAGUUCAAUAUAUAGAAGAGCUUUAUGCUCAAACGACAAAUCCAUCAACACAAUCGGUGGUGAAAGGCGAGAGUGGUCAAGCACUAAUGUUGGCCUCCAAUGUAAGCGGUGAUGUGGAUCAUAUUUUCCGUACUAAUAUUGGCGAAGUACGAAUUUACUAUGCCACCUGGUCGGAACUGUUAACAAAUGGCUGGAGCAUUGCUUGGAUUGUUCUACUAGCUGCAAUGACUCAGGGAGCUUUGUCCCAGGCUUCUACACACAUUCUUAAUAUGACGGGUAUCUGGAUAAAAACAUCCCUACAAGGUCUUAUUUACCGAAAGACUUUGCUAUUAAAUGCAAGCAGCGGCUGUUUUGCUAACAAUAGCAUACCACAAACUUCAUCCUCUACUUCUACUCCGUUAGAAAAGGAACAAAACAUCGCCAAAGAUAAUAUGAACACGGAUUCUAACUCUACAAAGAAAUCACCUCAAGAAAAGAUGGGAUAUGUAGGCGAUUUAAAUCCUUCUUAUGACAUCGGAAGCAUUACCAAUCAUAUGACGGAAGAUACACUUAACAUAAUGCAAUUUUUCUGGAUUGCCCACUAUGCAUGGGCUAUACCAUUUAAGAUAUCAGUGGUAAUUUACUUUCUCUAUCUUAAGCUGGGGAUCAGUGCUGUCAUUGGAGCCAUUGUGUGUAUACUAAUAAUGACGCCAUUGCAAUUUUUCAUAGGAAAUGCAAUGUCGAAAAACAGCGAAGUUAUUGCGAAAUAUACUGAUGAACGAUUAAAAAAAAUACACGAAACAUUGAUUGGCAUCAAAGUUAUAAAGCUAAAUGCCUGGGAUGAGGUAUUCUUUAAAAAAAUUCAAGUGGCUCGCAAAAAGGAACUCACAUAUCUCAACAAAGAUGCCAUAUUUUGGACGUUAAUGACUAUACUUACACAUAUUUCGACAGUGCUAAUCACUUUUGUGACUUUAGGUGUUUAUGUUUGGCUACCUAGGGAGGCGAACCUUAAUUUAAACGCUAGUCGAUUGUUCUCUGCAUUGGCCCUUUUUCAGCAGCUAACAGUUCCUCUGUUGAUUUUUCCGAUAACUGUCCCAAUUAUUAUAGCAGCCAGAGUAUCAACGCGUCGCCUGGAGCGAUUUUUUGAGGCAAGUGAGAUACAGAAACAGUUUGAGGGCAUUCGAAACAUGGCCCGGAUAUUAAGCAAGAGUGAUGCUUCGUUGGACAUGUAUGAAACGCAGGAGAAGUCUAAUAUGACAAUGCGCACGGCACAGACAGAGAACAUGCUGAAUGAAAAGCAUAUUGCGCAACGAAUAGAACGGCCCAUAUCGACGUCAGCAAUAGAGGACAAUUCUCUGCCAAUUACCAAGACCUAUCUACCGAACAGUCGCGAAGAACAGCUUGGAGCCAUUUCUCCAUCGUUUUUUCAAGAGGUGGGGCAUCAGAAGCUCGUACAACAGCGUCGUGAACUGCUUCGCAAUACACCGUACGUAGCCAUCAGGCCUCCAAAACUGCGGGGAAGCUUAGUAGAGAAAAAUCAGGAAUUCUCAGUGAUGCGAGCUAGGAACACGGAUAGCUGGAGACGUGAUUCACUCCUGCUAAAAAUGCCCGAUGACAUUGCUGUGUCGAUCAAUGACGGUCUUUUCACAUGGCAUCCGGAAAGUCACAUUCCAAUGGUUCAAUUACAUAUUAAAGGGAUAGUCAUACCAAAGGGCAAACUGACGGUUGUUGUCGGAAAAAAUGGUAGUGGGAAGACAUCCCUCUUGUCGGCUUUACUCAUGGAGAUGCCACUGUUAGCGGGAAAUAUGUUUUGGCACAAAACAUCUACGAUUUCUUAUGUGUCGCAACAACCUUGGCUCCUCAAUGACACAAUCCGGGAAAACAUUCUUUUCGGCGAGUCUUUUCGACCCAGUCGUUACGAUUUUGUGAUACAGGCAUGUGCUCUUAAGCCUGACAUUGAAAUAAUGCCAAAAAGCGAUUUCACCAUUAUCGGAGAACGUGGAAUUAAUUUAUCAGGCGGACAGAUACAGCGAAUUGCUAUUGCGCGUGCGAUCUAUUCUUCGGCUAAUGUGGUCAUAAUGGAUGAUCCACUGUCUUCGCUCGAUAAUGAGGUCGGUGACCAUAUAUUUCAGCAUUGCGUGAGCCAUAUGCUACUGAAGUCAAAUCGUACCUUUAUACUUGUGACACCAAAGUUACAUCACAUAAAAGAGGCGGAUUACGUAAUCGUUAUGAAAAAAGGUCGUCUUCAAGCUUGCGGCAGUUAUGUUGACAUUGAAGCAACGCAUCCAAAGAUACCCGUGAAAUGGAAAUCUAUAAAUGCACUAUCAAAUGCAAAGAAACAAAAUGAUUUACAAAACCAUGUUGAACGAACGGCAUCUGAACGCUGGAAGUUGCUAAAGAAUGUGAGUAAAUUAGGACUUCAGCGCUCGAUUUCAGUGACCACAGAUGAAAAUGGUAGAAGCAAUACCGCUGGACAUGAUGACAGCGUUUCUUUAUCAGUGGCUAAUAUGCAAGAUGUUGACAUUGAGGAGGAUGAAGAGGACAAUGAGAUAUCAGCACCUUAUCUUCUUUCUAAUGGAAACUGCUGUAGCUAUAAUUUGAAACGAAAGCGAUCGAGCGUCUAUGGCUCACGCCAUCUUAUAUAUGAUGUACCUUUACCAAUUGAUGAGUGCCAGGCAGAUGAUGUCAUUAUGCGCCCACGUCGUCGGCAAAUGAUAAAUCGUCGAGGUGGUAGGACUACUACUUCUUGGCAUAGAUUAAGCGGUCUGAGCACGCUAACGGCUACGUCAGCUUCAAGUUCUAACAGUGGAAAUCCAAUUCAUCGCAGCGGGUUAACUUCCAGCGAUAGUAGCUAUACAGAGAGCAGUGCAGAUGGGAUCUGCGAGAUGGCUAUGCCAUCGUUGUUUCAAGAACCACGAAUAAAAUCAUGGCAGCCAAAAAAAAACAUACAGCAUCAGCCGCUGGUGCGGAAUGCGUCAUCACCGCCGGCCAUGGAAGUGACGAUUGAUAAUCCUCAAUACACAGAGUUGGGGAUAAAAAUGGAUACAAAGACAAAAGCAACAUCGGAGGAUCAGGUUCAUGGCAGCUUUCAGCAGUUUUUGCGACGUAUGACCAUGCGGCGUACCAAUAAGCCCAUACACCAUCAUCAACCACUGAGCGCCACCAACUCGAUUCUGAGCAUCUCAGAAGAAUCUGCCGCUACUUCUGCUUUUCCAGUUGCUGAUAGUCGUUCACUGCCCUCCUCAUCUACUAGCAUAUAUAAUCCAGAUGCAAAAGAACAUUUUAAACCACCGAAUGAUUUAGAGGGAAAGCUGGAUAAGCAGCUGCUAUUGAUGAAUGCGACGGAAAAAAGUGUAAAUAUAGACCGCAACCUUACUAAAGAACCCAGCAGAGACGUUGAAGUAUCAAACGUGACAUCACUUACGCCAGUGCUUUGCGGGGGUAAUAUGGAAACAUUCGCAGAUACCGAGAAUGAAUUGAUACCAAUGUCAAAAUCUACAAUUGAUACUGAACGAAAAUAUGGAAAAAUAUCGCAUCAAAUAUAUCUGAUGUAUAUACGCGCCUCUGGUGUGCCCAUAAUCACUGUAUUUUUUAUCACUGCACUAAUUUGGCAAUGUUUGCGUGUCUACACGGACGUUUGGCUGCAGCAUUGGAGCGAUGUCCAUAUCCAGACACAGGACGUGAGGAAAGAGGAGGGCCACGAAGUCACGUACUAUUUCUGCAUGUAUGCCGCAAUUUCGUGUGUUUGCAUUAUAAUGGCCAUGAUAUCAACACCGGCCGGACAAUGGGCCGGCUGUAAUGCCCGUCGUAAUUUGCACGAUAAGCUGCUCCAAUCGAUUUUGCAUAAAACGUUGCAUUUUUUCCAAGUUACACCGCUCGGACGUAUUGUGAAUCGUUUCAGCAACGAUAUGACGAUCAUUGAUAAGAAAAUUGCCGCAACUUGUCAAAGGUUGCUACAAUUUAGUUUGCUCUGCAUUUCCGCCAUUUUGAUAAAUGUGAGCAUUACUCGAUGGUUUUUUGCCUUCACACUUCCUAUCUGUGGAGCCUACUAUAUAAUACAAAAGUUCUACAGGUGCUCAGCGCGUGAAUUACAACGUAUUGAAAAUGCCACUAACUCUCCGGUUAUUUCGCAUUUAUCGGAAACAAUACAAGGUGUGACCACAAUACGAGCAUACAAUCAGCAGGCACGUUUCACCGAGAUUAUCUUCAAACGUCUUGAAGCCAACACGAUUGCAUUUGCGUUACUGAAUACGAGUAACCGCUGGCUUGGCAUAUCAUUGGACUAUUUAGGUGGAUGCAUUGUUUUUGUGGCCAUUGUGACGUCACUGGCAACAGCAAGCAUCAGUUGCAGCAACUACAGAUAUGCCAGGGACGUAGCAGAAACUUAUUCUAACAAGAGCACGACAGACCUCUCUUCGGAACUGAGGCCAACGCCAUCGUUUGUCGGUCUGGCCAUAAACUACACGUUGUUGGUGCCGAUUUACCUUAAUUGGGUUGUAAAACUUUUGGCUGAUAUGGAGAUGUAUGCGGGCUCGGUGGAACGCAUUGCACAUUAUGCCAAGGGACAGGAGUCGGAUUUGGAAGCGACCGAAAAAAUAAGCAAUGAAGUCGAUAGGUCGUCCUUGUCCACGUCAAUGUGGACUGCUGGUGACAAAGUUUACCCAAGCGCAACGACAGCUGCCGUUGAUGUUGAUGAAGAUAUAGGUGGAGAUGGAGAAAAUGCUGAUAAAUUAAAUGCAGGCAAUGCAACCGGCGACGGCAAUCACUUAAACUUACACACGGCGACAGCUGCUGACAAGUUACAGAAGGAGGCGACAAAGACGUCGGUGAUUAAAGAUAAGAAACUGCCACCACACAGUGGAAAGGUCGAUCUGUCUAAUGAGCCAGCUAGAAGGCUAGAGUCCUGUCAGCUCAAACGAUACCAGAGCGUACCAAUUUCUUGGCCUCAAAGAGGCGACAUUAGUUUCCAAAAUGUCAGCCUGCGUUAUGAAGGCCAAACACAGAAUGUUAUCAGCGGCCUCACAUUAAAAAUACCAUCAGGUCAACGAAUUGGCAUCUGUGGUCGUACUGGCAGCGGUAAAUCUUCUUUGGGUUUGUCUCUAUUCGGUGUAUUACAAAUUACAAGUGGAAACAUUUUUAUUGAUGAGAUGAACAUUAAACAAAUCCGACCAGAAGAGCUGCGAACGAGAUUAUCGAUAAUUCCCCAGGACGUGCAUUUGUUCAAUACUACAAUACGAGAAAAUCUUGACCCCCAUGGUUAUUAUUCGGACUUACAGUUGUGGAACUGCCUUGAGUUGGCGCAGUUAAAAGAGUUUGUCAAAAGGAAUCUACCGUUGGGAUUAGAUACCGUUAUUAUUAAUGGUGCCAUUAACUUAAGCGCUGGCCAACGGCAAUUGCUGUGCCUUGCACGGGCAAUUCUACGCGGCUCCGUUUGCUUGGUACUGGACGAAGCAACAAGUGCUCUGGAUAGUGGUACGGAGACAGCACUACUGAAGGCCGCAAAUAAGGCAUUCCAGGGCCGAACAAUCAUAGCCAUUGCCCACCGGCUGACAACUAUUCUGGAAUAUGACCGUUUAAUUGUGAUGGAAAAUGGUCGCAUCAUUGAGGAUGGAAAUCCAAAAAUUCUGCAACAGCUUUCAGGUUCUGCUUUUAAUGGCUACUUCAAAAACGUUCAGCAAAGUCGUAGAAUUUCCUUCGAAUAAAGCGAUUGCGCAUAAUAAAUACAUUAAUAUUGUUCUAUAUCCGUAAACUUACUUGUAUGUAUGUAUAUCAUUUUUAAUAUAUUAGAUUUACUGUAAUUUAAGUUAACCUAUUGUAAAUGAAUGGCUAUACAUAUUUAUAAUAAUACGAAAUUGAAGAAGUUUUCUAUUGUAGAUAUGUUUGUGUGUUACUCAAAACGUGGAUUUGUAAUUUAAACUAACCAACUGCAAAAACAAAAAAGCAUAUAAUAAAAUGUAGAUCAAGCCAAUUAUAGUUAGAGUUUAGUCGAUAUCUAACUCGGCACUUGAAACUUGUAUGAAUUUUCAACGAACAUUCAGUACAUAUUUAUAAAUUUAUGCCGGAAUAUAGCACUUAGCAACUUUUUAUAAUACAGCCGGAGUAUACGGUUUUAUGGUGUACAAAGCCAAAAGUAUGG